AUGAACUACCUCCUCCACGGCUCCACUUCACACACAGGCAUGGGAUGGGUCGACCUCGUACCCCGCGCCGGAGGAAACCUCUACAUAGGCGGGCUCUACGCACUCUACCAGACCGACCUGAUGUCGCGGGCCGGGAUAACGCACGUGCUUUCCGUGAUCGACUAUGCCGCCGUGCUUCCGAGUAGGACAGUAAGCAGUGGUGGGGAGGAGGAGGCGCCGAAGAAUCCAUUCCCGGCCUCCAUGCUCGCGGGAAGAGGGGAAGAAGACAAGGACGGAAGAGAUGGAAGCGGGAAGAGGGAGGGCGGAGAAGGGAAAGUCAAUCACUUGCACAUCGACGUCGAGGAUCAUCCGAACGUCGACAUGCUGCAGCACUUCCCGACGACGUGCGCGUUCAUCGAGGAGGGCCUACGGUCGCCAUCUGGGGGCGUGUUCGUGCACUGCGCGAUGGGGAAGAGCCGGAGCGCGGCGGUCGUGGUGGCGUAUUUGAUGAGGAGGUUUGGGGUCGGGGUCCAGGAGGGAUUGGACUGGUUGUGCGAGGGGCGGCCGGUUUGCGAACCGAACUUGGGGUUUAGGGAGCAGUUGGGGGUUUGGGGGGAGAUGUGUAGGGUCGGUGGGGGGACGGAUGGGACGGAUGGGGGAGAGGGAGAGGGAGAGAGGAGGAGGAUAUAUGAGCGGUGGAAGGGGAGUAGAUUUGUUGGGGAGGUUUGGGAGUGGGAGGGUAGGGAGGAGAGAAAGAAGAUUAAGGCGAGUUUAUGUGUUUCUGUCUUCGAUACUGUGGUAUUCGAGCUUAGUGGAUCCAAGCCCUAUGGGGGUGCUGGGGUAGACAGACCAGGGAUCCACCUCCGAACGGAUGGCGCAGAUACAGCGAAAGGGUCUAUGAGUUUGAUAGAAGUGCUCGCAAUAACUACUGAGAACCUACGGAGGACGAAGACAGCGUAUAUACAGUCGAGUAACUGGCAUCUUGCUCUACGCUAG